CUCUCCUCUCCGGUCGUGUUUACUAUAGGUGAGAUAGCGGUAUAAAUUCCUGAGUGUGCGCAGAUCGCAUCCUCAGAGGAGAAUGGAAAAGAAGGAGGAGGUGGUGUAAGGGCAGGAAAAUAAGCGAACCAAAGGGGAGCGUAGCUAUAGCUGUGUUUACUGUUCACUGGGAUACACGCAGGAGAAUUAACGCAGACUUCCAGUCAUCCAGGGCGGAGGAACCUCGCUGGAUGCACAGAGAAGGAGGAGGAAGGAAGGAAGGAAGGAAGAGGGAAAAGCGUGGAUACCGACAAAACCCAGAAAGGCAGAAAUAUUAGGUGGUUAUUAGAAUAAAUCAUUCUAUACAGUGGAAUAAGCGUUUGCAGUCACCAGCGAUGGACUUAAGCUGUCGGCAGUGAGUUCUCUAGUUAUUCUGAUUACCACAGGCCCUCAUGGCGCUUAUUCAUGAACCUCGUGCCCCCUCUCCCUCUCUAUCUGGCUUCAACACACCUCUCUCUGAUCCUCCCUCGUUCCGCCGCCUCGAUGCUGAAACACCCUGCACCCCAGAAAUGGACCUGACCCCGACCCAGUGCGUCCUUCGCAACGUCCUCUCCAUAGACACCGGAGGUGCUGUCGAGCCCGGGGGUGGAGGAGGAGAGGGGCAUACUGCUGGGCACAACCAGACGCCAGGCGAGGAACAACAGGAGCACUUUGCCAACAGUGUCCUGAAGCUCCACGAGCAUGAUGGGAGUCCUGGAAGGACGGAGGGAGAGGGGCAGGAGAUGGACAGCAGUGCGGUCAGGAGUCAGGCGGGUGACGCCAGGUUACAGUGCCAGUCUACCGGAGGAGGAGGAGGAUUUCUGGAGGGGUUGUUUGGGUGUCUGCGGCCUGUCUGGACUAUGAUUGGCAAAGCUUACUCCACAGAGCACAAACACAACCUGGAUGAGGCGUGGGAGGUUCCAUUUGAGGAGAUAUCUGACCUGCAGUGGGUUGGCAGUGGAGCCCAGGGUGCUGUCUUUCUGGGCAAACUGCACGGACAGGAAGUAGCCGUAAAGAAAGUGCGGAACAUCAAAGAGACAGAUAUCAAGCACCUGCGCAAGCUCAAACACCCCAACAUCAUCACUUUCAAAGGUAUUUGUACCCAGGCUCCAUGUUACUGCAUCAUCAUGGAGUACUGUGCCCAGGGACAGCUGUAUGAGGUGCUGAGAGCCGGCAGGCAGAUCCAUCCAUCCCUGCUCAUGGACUGGGCCAUGGGCAUUGCUGGGGGCAUGAACUAUCUUCACCUCCACAAGAUCAUCCACAGAGACCUCAAGUCACCAAAUAUGUUGAUCACCUACGAUGACUCAGUGAAGAUUUCUGAUUUCGGCACAUCCAAAGAGCUCAGUGACAAGAGCACCAAGAUGUCCUUUGCCGGUACGGUGGCCUGGAUGGCUCCAGAGGUCAUACGUAACGAACCCGUCUCAGAGAAAGUGGAUAUUUGGUCAUUCGGUGUCGUGCUGUGGGAGAUGCUGACAGGAGAGGUGCCCUACAAGGAUGUAGACUCCUCCGCUAUCAUCUGGGGAGUGGGCAACAACAGUCUGCAGCUGCCGGUACCUGAUAGCUGUCCAGACAGCUUCAAACUGCUCCUGAGGCAAUGCUGGAAUUGCAAGCCAAGAAACAGGCCUUCCUUCAGACAGAUCCUCCUGCAUCUGGACAUCGCCUCAGCAGAUAUCCUAUCAACUCCACAAGAAACUUACUUUCAGUCUCAGGUGGAGUGGAGAGACGAGGUGCGGCACCACUUUGAGAAGAUCAAGUCUGAGGGCACGUGUCUUCACAGGCUGGAUGAGGAGCUGAUCAAACGACGCAGAGAAGAACUCAGACAUGCACUUGACAUCCGAGAGCACUACGAGAGGAAACUGGAGAGAGCCAACAAUCUCUACAUGGAGCUCAACGCCAUCAUGCUGCAGCUGGAGAUCAAAGAGAAAGAACUGCACAAGAGGGAGCAGUCACUGGACAAGAAGUACCCAGGCUGCUUCAAGCACCACAGCUCCAGACAGUCAGCCUCUUCCAACUCAAUGGAGAAACUCAUGAAGAAACGCAACGUACCUCAGAAACUGCCCUCAUACAGCAAGAGGCCGGACCUACUCAAGUCAGAGGUCAUCCUCCCCAAACUGGACUCUUCCAUGACCCAGGUCACAAUCCCCAACAAGGGCUCUACCUCCCCCGGCCGCUCACGCCGAGGAAAACCCCGCUACAGGAAGGCUGGUAAAGGCAGCAGCGGGGACUUGGCUCAACUGAAAGCCACUCUCUCCUCUUCAUUAGCAAUGGUCAACUCCACCACAUCUGUUCCAAACAGCAAGCAGCAUCUUGAUCCCAGUGCAGCCCUCAGGGGCCUGCAGCAUGAUCUGCUGCUCAAGAAGAUGUACUCCUCCAGCCCGGAUCUCAUUUCCACCACUUUGGAGGCUGAAGGCCGGAGGAAGGGGCAGGUCAGGCCAGGGCUGGACAGAGCAGGUAGCCAGAGCGCCUCAGCCGGGCUCGGGGAGAGCAGGACUGGAGGGCAAGACGAGGGGCCAGAUGUAGGUGUGGGGACUGAUGAUCUUGCAGAAACACCUCCACGCAGUGACACGCCCAGCGAGGAUGCAGCUUCUAUUCCGUUCUCUAGUAGCCCUGAUUCGCCGUGUGGGAGGGGAGCAGCUGCGGGGAGGGCGUCUGUCCUCGGGAACCCUCGUGUUUCCCACGAGGGCGAGGAGAAGGAGGACGGGACAGUGAUCACACGCUCACCAAGAAGUCAGCGCCUCACACCCGCAGCACUGCUCUACAGGGCAGCAGUCACACGCAGUCAGAGACGUGGGCUGUCAUCAGAGGAAGAGGAGGGGGAAGUUGACAGUGAAGUGGAGUUGCCAAGGAGACGACGUCCUGUGAGCAUGACCAAGUGCCAGUCCCUAUCCACCUUCAGCUCAGAGAACUUGUCGGUGUCAGACGGUGAGGAGGGAAACACCACCGACCACUCUCACAGCGGCACGCCAGACGUGGUCAGCACCAACACUGACGAGCGUCUGGACGACAAGAGCGAUGACCUGCUGUCUCAGGGCUCCGAGAUUCCCGCUGACCCGUCUGACCCAACCCAGCUGGGCUCUGACGGGCUGUCUGAGAAGGAAGCUAUUCUUCGACAAGUCAAGACCCAGCUCGCUAGUAAUGACCGUAACUACGAGGGCCUGUAUGAUGACUCGGACUGUGACAGUGCAGAGCUGGACCAUUCAGGCAGUGCAGAGCCCAGCCAACCUCCUACCAACUGGUGAAAAUCUAUCACCUCAGCCCACUCAAACACCCGCAGAUACAGCCUGCAAAAUCCUCUUUUACUCUUACAGACCUUAGAUUACAUGGAGUCAUGAUCAGGGACAUUGCAGAGAAGCAGGAAAUGAAGGCCUGUGUCCUUCAUCACAACCAGGAACACUAAACAAAUCCUCUGAGUGUUUUCAAGAAAUAUCCCGUUAAAAGCCCCCCCAGAAAGUCCCAUUCCCUUUUAGAUAAAUGCAUCACAGUGAUGUGAAACUGAAUUGGGGCACUAGCAGAGCUCACGGAGCAGCAGCCCUUUUCUGUUCCCUCCAAAGCGAGAUCAGCUUUGCAAAAACACUUCAAAUGACACCUCAGCGACAGACGCCUCAGUCAAAGAGGCCAUCUACUCGACUGUCUAUUAAUGUCGCUUGUCAUCUUCCAUGUCAAUUUGUAUUUUCCUCUCCGUCAUGAAAAUGUGUCAUAUUAUUUCACAUGCUGUCACGCAAGGACAUGAUCAUAAAAUCCUAUCAGGGCUUCUAUUAUAUUUUAAUGUUUCUGUCGUGAAGAUCACUGGGACACCCACUGAUGUUGCUUCUUGCACUUAAUUUAUGAAAUGUACUGAUUUCUUCGUGAUCAUCGUGUCAUAUUGCAUCUCCUCUCAAAACGUUAUGCACUGACUAAUUUAUUGAUAUUUUACAGUGAAUUCAUUGAUAUUCAAAAACAAUGUUUACAUUUUUCAUUUGUGUUGUUUACGUCUUUUAUUUAAAUGUAUGUCAUGGGUUAUGUUUCCAUUUUCUACUCGUUUGUCUAAAUAACAAUGUAAAUAUGUGAUGUUGUAAAAUGAACAAAUUUUUAAAAUGUGAGAUUGUAUAAUUUAAAGGUGCUGAUGUUUCUAAUUAGGUGGCGCUACUCUAUUUGAACCUCAAAAAGCUUAUGGUAGUAGAAUGUACUGUAGCUGCUGUUCAUGUCUGAGCAUCAAAAACAGAUAAAAGAGGAACAACAUGUGAACAAAGAAAAAGCAAUAUGUCUGCUCUGGUAUAGUAUGUCCUGUAGUGUGACAGGUCAAAAGAACCAGAGCUAAGUUCAGUCAGGGCAGACAGGCUUUUUUUAUUAGUAUUGCAGUGUUUACUGUAUUAAAACGCAAUACCAGUUUGAAAAUCCCUCUCCGAGCAUCUGGGGGUGUAUAUAACAUCAAAAAAGCAUGCUUAUGAAAAUGUAUGGAUAGCCUAUUGGUCACAGUUUGUAACUCAGAUCAAAGUAACAUAUUAGAACCAUCCACAGUGGAAAACAACAAAACAAAGACUCCAGAUUUCUGGCAGACAUUUAAUGACUAAAGUUUAAUGACUGAAGGCAUGUGGAUAACAGGGACACAAAACACCAAAAUGAAUCUCAGAAUAACUGCAGAAUGAGAUUGCAUUCAUCAUUCUGGCCUCACUAUGUUUGUACCAGGAAGAAGGAUGAUUAGAGUUUAGAUCAUUUGGCUCACAUCCUUUGGAAUAUUUGGAUCAAAAAUUUCCUGCUCACUCAUAAAAUCAGUGUACACCUAAAAAUGAGGCCUGUGACAUCCUAAUUUGUCUACUUUUACUUAUUGUCUUCCCCCAACAUAGCAGAUUGACUUAGAUGGGGAAGUUACAAGCCCAUGAUGUGGUUCAUCGGUUUACAGUCCUCACCAGCUUAAAUUUUGUCCAACGUCAUUUGUCACUAAUGCGUAAGGGCUCCUUCAUAAUACACAGUAUGAUACAUAAAACUCUGGUUUUGAUGUACUUGUGUCCCUCAACAAGCCUUCAUGUGUGCAUAUGCUUCAAUCUGACUACAACAGCACAUUACAUCCUGUUCCAUUCAUUUAUGACUGAUCAGGUUCCACUCAAUAAGCUAGAAAUGGCAGCUUCUAUUUUUUUAAUCUGGUGUUAAGUUUUUAACUUUCAAUUUGUAAAGCAUUUUAGGCUGAUUGUACCCCCAAUAUUUAAAGCUAGAAAUCCUCCUGCAGGAUUAAGAUGUUGCCAAAAAGCAAACCUACUGCCCUCUAGUGUCUCGAUUGUGGAGGUACUUGUGUUUCCCACGAUGCCGAUUAAAACAACCCUGUAUGAACUGAAACGUUUGCUUUUUAUACUGCAUUAUUGUAACUGUACAAUAAAUAUAUUUAAGAAACAAUUUAAAAUAAAAUCAAACCUGUAAAAUCUCAA